AUGUCUGGUAUAGCCUUGAAGAGCUAUGACAUCAAUGACAACAACAAAAACAGCAGUAGUGACAUCAACAAAAAAUUGAUCAUGACACAUGUCAACUACAUUUUCGUUUCAUUUCACAAUCCAAGGCCUGUUUUCACUGGGCUUGUUAGUCAGUCGGUCGGCUUUCGCACAACCCUGGCCUGUUUUCACUGGGCCGUCGAGUCUGGUUGGCUUUCGCACGACCAAGGGCCUGUUUUCACUGGGCCUGUCUGUCAGUCGGUCGGCUUUCGCACAACCCUGGCCUGUUUUCACUGGGCCGUCGAGUCUGGUCGGCUUUCGCACAACCAACACAAAACAACAAGAGUCAGAACAACACUGGAAACAAAUUGUGUGACUUUAGUACACAUGCGAAACUAUGCCAAUGAGCAUAGAGUCACGUACCAAAUCCACUUUUGA